AUGUCAGACUCCAACGUAGGUGUAUAUCGCGAAUAUGACGCUCUGCAGGUGUCCUACUCCAAGAAGUUGUUCGCAAAAAAGGUUUCGUCAAAUCCCGUCUACGUCGCGGAUACCAUUGACAGCUAUCCAGUGAAAAAGAUCCCUCAGGUCGCCUUUGUUGGAUACUCCAAUGUUGGAAAGUCGAGUCUACUCAACACACUUUUAUACGGAGCGCCGGUACCUAGUUUCGCCAAGGGAGUUGUCUCAAACGCCAAGAUGCUCAAGGACCCAAAAUUUGCGCCGGUGUCCAGUAUUCCGGGACGCACUCGCCAUCUCUUUACCUUUGAUCUUGGAGGCGAUUUGUCGCUGGUAGACCUUCCUGGCUAUGGCGAGGCGCGAGUUCCAAACGAGAUGAGAAACGAGUGGUCUCUACUGGUCAACAAGUACCUGACUAGAGCUCACAAUUUGCAUCGCGUACUCUCGCUCGUGGAUUCUCGCAAAGGGCCGGUCGUGGAGGAUUUCAAGCUGUGGGACAUGCUGCAAGAGAUGGAAAUACCGUUCCAGGUGAUACUCACAAAGUGUGAAGGGUUAAAGCCCAUUGAAUUGCACAUGCUCUACUCAAAGGUGAUUGAGAUUCUCAAGGGGUUUAGCCAAGCAGAGCAUUACGUCCACGCAACAUCUGCAAGAAGGAAUUUAGGCAUACAGGAAUUACGCCUAUCCAUAUCGCACAUUGUCUUUAGCAGGCUACAAAGGAGCUACAUUACAGAGGAAUCCUAA